AUGGCUUUUGGACAAGUGGAAUUGGCACAUCAUACAACACAAACAUCGUCAAAUCAAACGCAAAUAUCAACACCGGUAGUAGUAUCACCUAUGGUCUCUGGACCUGGACGGCCAGCACAGCGGUUUCAGGAUAUUCCCAGAACACAUUCGGCACCAUCACAAACAAACAAUAAUGAUUCAAAUCAAACAAAAAUGAACAAUCAUCAAAUUCAACAACAGACACAAUCUGUUGGACACACACAACCUGUAGUACAUCCACAGCCAGGUGGACAUCAACAACCGACAGCUGCUCAUACUACAGGAAAUCCAACACCAACUGUGAUUAAUAAUGCACAUCAAGUAAACAGUCAUCAACAGAUAUCGUCUAUUGCCACGAAUCAUACAUCAAAUAUUAAUACCACAAGUAUAACUACAAAUAAUAUGUUAUCCAACACUACUCCAGCGCAUAACAUAACAACAACCCGCCAACCAAUACACACAGGACACGAAUUACCACAUCACCGGAAAGAUUCAGUGUCCUCCAAUGAUGGACA